AUGGCUUUGAUUGACUUGGCUCUUAAUGGGUACAACUACUUCAUGACACUCAGCACAUUCCAGCAAUUUGGUCUACUUGUGUUUAUUCCAUUUGCAUACAACAUAAUCUGGCAAUUACUUUAUUCCCUUAGAAAAGAUCGUGUUCCAUUGGUAUUCUAUUGGAUUCCAUGGAUGGGUUCAGCCGCUAGUUAUGGACAAGAUCCGUAUGGAUUUUUUGAACAAUGUCGUGCAAAAUACGGCGAUUUGUUUUCAUUUGUGAUGUUGGGCAGGGUAAUGACUGUAUAUUUGGGUCCCAAGGGCCAUGAGUUUGUGUUUAAUGCAAAAUUAUCUGAUGUGUCUGCCGAGGACGCGUAUCAACAUUUGACUACUCCAGUGUUUGGGAAGGGUGUAAUUUAUGAUUGUCCAAACUCGAGGUUGAUGGAGCAAAAGAAGUUUGCCAAGACUGCUUUGACUACUGAUUCAUUUAGAAGAUAUGUGCCAUUGAUUAGAGGUGAAAUUUUAAAUUAUUUCAAAAACUCAAAAGUGUUCAACAUGAAGCAGCAAAAGAGUGGUGUUGUUGAUGUUUUGCAAACACAACCGGAAAUCACCAUCUUUACUGCAUCUAGGUCAUUACUAGGUGAAGCAAUGAGAAAAAGAUUUGAUGCUUCAUUUGCUCAAUUGUAUGCCGACUUGGAUAAAGGAUUCACUCCGAUCAACUUUGUGUUCCCACAUUUACCAUUACCUCAUUACUGGAAAAGAGAUGCUGCUCAGCAAAAGAUUUCCCAAACUUAUAUGACCGAAAUUGUUAAAAGAAGAGAGACUGGUGAUAUUGAUGAGAAUCGUGAUUUAAUCGAUUCAUUGUUGGUCAACUCAACCUAUAAAGAUGGUGUUAAAAUGACGGACCAAGAAAUUGCCAAUUUAUUGAUUGGUGUCUUGAUGGGAGGACAACAUACCAGUGCCACUACAUCUGCUUGGUUCUUGUUGCAUUUAGCUGAACAUCCUGAAUUACAGGAUGAGUUGUACCAAGAAGUUCUUCAUGCAUUGUCGGGUAAAGGUGGUAACUUGGAUGACUUGUCGUAUGAAGACUUGCAGCAAAUGCCUUUAGUCAACAAUACCAUCAAGGAGACAUUGAGAUUACACAUGCCAUUACACUCCAUAUUCAGAAAAGUUGUUUCUCCAUUGGUUGUUCCAAAUACAAAAUAUGUUGUCCCCAAGGGCCACCAUCUUUUAGUCUCACCAGGGUAUGCUCAUAUAAGUGAAAGAUUUUACAAAGACGCAUCAGAUUUCGAUCCACACAGAUGGGACGAUGCAAACAUUGCAAAUGAUGCAGGUGAAGUUGACUAUGGAUUUGGAAAAGUGUCCAAAGGUGUUAGCUCUUCGUAUUUGCCAUUUGGUGGUGGAAGACAUAGAUGUAUUGGGGAACAAUUUGCUUAUGUUCAAUUGGGCACUAUCUUGACCACUUUUGUCUACAACCUCAAAUGGAAGUUGGUUAAAGGUAAAGUGCCAGAUGUUGAUUAUACCUCGAUGGUUACUUUGCCACAACACCCAGCCGAAAUUGUAUGGGAAAAGAGGGACACCUGUGUGAUUUAA